AUGAGUUGGUCCAGUGCUCAGAGCUACUGCAGGAAGAACUUUAUAGACCUGGCCAUUGUGAGGAACCAGAAUGAGAACCAGGCGGUUGCAAACAAAGUGCCGUUUGGAUACUUGGCAUGGGUUGGUUUGUUCAGAGAUCCUGACUUUUACUGGUCUGAUGGGAGUAGCUUCUCAUUCACAAACUGGUACUCAGGUUCCAACCCAUUAGGCUCGAUGAGGGUCGCAUGCGGUGUUGCAGCUUUGCAGAGUUCAGGAACAUGGAAGUUUCUUCCCUGUGAAACCAGAUUACCAUUUGUCUGCUACAGCGUCCCUGUAAGCAGGCAGGCGGUAAAGCUGAAGAUAAAGCUGGAGGACUCCUCUGUGGAUCUGAAUGACCCUGCUGUGAAAGCUGACAUGCUGAAAAAGCUCCAGGACUGGCUGAAGGAGAAAGGAAUAAGAGUCACCCUGAAGUGGAGAGAGGAGCCUGAUGGGAAAGUCUUCCAGAAGGAGAACAAGACUGAGCUCUAACACUGAAAUCCAACUGUACUUGUGUUUAUCUGUAAUACUUGGUGAAUGUACUCUCUAUCUGCUAAUACACACAGUACACUAUUAUCACUGUACCGAGUGCUUAACCAGAACCCUGAAUACAUCCUGUAGACUGUCAUGGAA